AUGAUUCAGGUCCGUGAUGCCUUUGGCUCAAUGCAAUCGUUCCGAGCUCUUUUUGAUACUGGAAGUCAAAGCAAUUUUAUCACGGAAAAGGCAGUGAAACGUCUAAGCUUACCACUUAGUCCAACUAACGACAACGUCAGCGGUAUCGGAGAUGCUUCAGCGCCGAUUCUUGGUGACAUCACGUGUUUGAUAGGCACAAAGGAUAAAAUCUUAUUUAAAUUGAACUUGCACGUCAUAUCAACAAUAUGUGGCGAUCAACCGAUAGCAAAACUUAAUACAUCUGGGUGGACCCACAUUGAAUCGAAACCCUUAGCAGAUCCUGGUUUUGAUCUCCCGGGACCUAUCGACAUAUUGCUCGGCGCGGAGGUGUUUGCUGACUCGCUUCUAAAUCAACAUAUCAAAGGCAAUGCAAAUCAACCGAUAGCUCUUAACUCUGUUUUCGGUUGGCUUCUUUUGGGCAAAACUCGUCUAGCUUCAAACGCCUUAGUGCACGCAUCGGGUAAAAACGACAUCGACUUGAAUUCGUUAGUUCAACGUUUCUGGGAGUUAGACUGCGUACCCAAGGCGUCUCUUCUGACUCCAGAGGAGGUGUUUUGCGAACAAAAGUUCUUAUCCGACCAUUGCCGCGAUACGUUUGGACGAUACACAGUACGCUUACCAUUCAAAGAUGAUAGCGAACCGAAGUUUGAAGGUUCUCGUGACGUUGCACUUAGACGAUUUCAUGCAAUAGAACGUAGGCUGUCUCGUGACCCUGACUUACAAAAGGAAUACGCGAAUUUUAUGACAGAUUACUUGGACGCCGGUCAUAUGUCUUUGGUUCCCGGGAAUGAACUCAGUCAGGGGAAAUAUUAUAUUCCACAUCAUUGCGUUUUGCGUCCUGACUCUGCUACCACCCGUCUCCGCGUUGUCUUUGACGCGUCGGCCAAGGAUGCCCACUCUCGGUCUUUAAACGACACUCAACUAAUCGGUCCCAAGUUACAACCGAACAUUCUAGAAAUUCUAUUGCGAUUUAGGGUACAUAAUAUUGUUUUUAUGGCUGACGUUCGACAAAUGUACCGUCAAAUUCUUAUUUCCCAAGCCGAUCGUGACUACCAGCGCAUUUUUUGGAGAACCACUCCUACAGAAUGUCUUCAAGAAUACCGUUUGAAUACUGUAACAUAUGGCGUUUCAUCUUCACCCUUUCUUGCGUGUCGUACUCUGCGACAGCUUGCCGAGGACGAGGGCAAUCAGUAUCCCAUAGCAAAGGGAAUCAUUCUGUCUGACGUAUAUAUCGACGACGUGGCCAGUGGUUCCGACACGCUAGAACACGCCCAACAGGCAAAGGACCAACUAAUCGCCUUGUUCAAAUUAGGUGGCUUCCAUCUUAGGAAGUGGGUGUCUAACAAUGCGCAACUUCUGCUUGACCUCCCUAUUCAAGAUCGUCUCACUGGUUCUGUCUCUCUCGAUAACUAUGAAACUCAAAUUUUAAAAAUUCUCGGCCUAAAAUGGGAUCCUCACACAGAUGCAUUUCUUUUCGAAAUCCAACCUCUCGACCGGCCUUGUACCAAACGAUCGAUUCUCAGCGAACUAGCUAGAGUGUUCGACCCUCUAGGAUUUUUGUCUCCCAUUACAAUUCAAAUCAAAACCUAUAUCCAGAAACUUUGGAUCCUUGGUAUCGGAUGGGAUCAAACACCGCCUGAUGAGGUCAUUGGUAUGUGGAAUACUUACAAGGUUCAAUUAUCACAGUUAUCUCAAGUUCGAAUUCCUCGCUGGUUAAUUUGUUCUGAUGUCAAAUCGUUCGAGCUUCACGGGUUUUGUGACAGUUCCGAGGUAGCGUAUGGUGCGGUAAUAUAUUUUCGGGUUACUAACGGCAGCGGCAAGGUCACAACGUAUCUGGUCUGUUCUAAGGCUCGUGUAACACCUCUUAAACGAAUUUCAUUGCCUCGUCUGGAGCUCUGCGCCGCAGUUCUUCUAUCAGAACUUUAUAAAUUUGUUCGUGACACUUACCUUGAUCGCAUUACGAUUAACGAUGUCUAUCUGUGGUCAGACUCGACGGUAGUUCUUUCAUGGUUGCGAGCCCAUUCUUCCCGCUGGGUAACAUUCGUCGCCAACAGAGUCAGUCAAAUCCAAGAUCUUACUGCAACUGCGUGCUGGCGCCAUGUACCUUCAGGAGAUAACCCUGCGGACGUUUGCUCUCGUGGUCAAUUACCCAGUGAGAUCGUAAACAACUCCUUAUGGUGGGCGGGCCCUGAUUGGCUACGUAGGGAUCACUGUUCCUGGCCUUCUAUCCCUGAUACUGCCUCUCACGAGGAUGAAGUACUCGUUAAUUCCGAAGAACGCAAGUGUGUAGUCUUAUUAACCGAUCAACUUGAUAAAACCUUACCUGACGGAUCCAUCAUCGAGAUGUUAUUAAAUCGUUUCUCUUCAUUGUCUAAGUUGCCAUUACAACCUUUUAUGAGCGAUCUUCCCUCUUAUCGCGUCAAUCAAGUUAAACCAUUUUCCGUGGUCGGUGUCGAUCUAGGCGGGCCGUUCCGUAUUAAACUCGGUUCACAUAGAGGCGCGAAAAUGGAUAAGGCGUAUUUGUGCUUGUUUGUUUGCCUGGCGACCAAGGCGGUGCAUUUAGAAGUCGUAUCGACGUUAACAACUGAAGGGUUUAUUGCUGCUUUGCGCCGAUUUGUAGGAAGACGCGGUCGGUGCAACGUAAUUCACGCGGAUUGUGGCACUAAUUUUGUUGGUGCAAAAAACCAGCUCUCAAUUUUAAUGGAACAGGCAACGAAUACAGAAAAAAUCGAAUUUAAGUUCAACCCUCCCGGCGCACCGCACUUUGGCGGCGUCUGGGAGAUUCAGAUUAAAGCCGCAAAAUCUCAUUUGCUUCGGGUUGUGGGUGAUCAGGUUUUGACUUUUGAGGAACUAACCACUCUUUUUGUUCAAAUAGAAGCCAUCUUAAACUCAAGGCCACUUUGCCCUAUUAGUUCCGAUCCAAACGACCUGACGUGUCUCACUCCGGGUCAUUUUCUUACUUUAGAACCUUUGACAGCCGUUCCCGAUGAAGAUCUUUCUAACCCAGUAGCCUUCAUCAUCUCAGGAUCACCAACGGAGUGGAAGCUCAACGACUAG